GAGAGGCUACGUGAGUUCAUCACGUCGGAGAUCACUAGGGGCAUCCUUGAGUCGACCCCCAUCAUCUUUGGGUCGAUCAAGGAAGGGAUCGUGGAGAUGAUGGAGGAUCGCCUACGGGCAUUCAGGAGCGACUUGGCCUCUAGCCAGUCAGGAUCUCGCACACUGUCCUUCAAGGACUUCAGGAGCAGUGGUGCGCCGGAUUUCCAUGGGGUGAAGGACCCCAUUGUCGCCAGGCGGUGGAUUGCGGAUAUCGAAUCCGCCCAGUUGAUCAGCUUCUGCCCCGAGGGGUCGAAGGUGAGGUACGCAGCAGGGUGUUUACGGGACCGGGCCCGAGAUUGGUGGGAGUCAGUGGGUGACUCGAUGGGAGCCUCGGCUAUCGAGGCAAUGACCUGGUCGGACUUUGUGGCUAGGUUCAGGGCAGAGUUUGCACCAGCGGUCGAGCUUCAGCAGCUGGCCAGGGAGUUCUUAGACAUGAGGCAGACGACAGAGACCGUGGCGGAGAUCACCGCCAAGUUUCGGGAGAGGGCUUUAUUGGUGCCCCAGUAUGCAGGUGACGAGGAUAUGAGGAGGACUCGUUACCACGAUAUGCUACGAGCUGACAUUCGGGAGCAUGUUAGUUUUUCGGCUUGCCCUACCCUGGACUCCAUGAUUGCCAGGGCUAGGGAGAGAGAGAUAGAUUUGGAGCACAUCCGGAAACGGAAACUUGAGGAUGGUCAGUCAUCGGGGGCUUCGGGGAAGAAGCCCAAGGGAUCAGAUGGGAGGCCGAAAGGCCAGUCGGGACCGAGCCGCUGCAGGAGGUGCGGCAGGCCGCACGAGGGGGCGUGCAGGAUGGGAUCGUCAGGCUGCUACAAGUGCGGCAAGUUUGGGCAUAUCAGCAGGGAUUGCACUGCUCCUGCGACCGUUAUUCAGACAUCGGAGUUGCUGUGUUUCCACUGCAACCAGAGGGGCCACAAGAAGGCCAAUUGCCCCAUGUUGACAGCUUCAGCGCCAGUGAAGGCGCCAGCUCCAGCGACCCUGCGGAUCACGGAUGGCCGUCAGGGCAAGGCAGAGGCUCCAGUGGUGAGGAGUCGGGCAUUCCAGUUGACUGCCGAGGAGGCACGCGCCGCGCCCGAUGUGGUGACGGGUACCUCUGCAUCGAAGGGGAAGGAGCCGGCGCGGUAGCGGCACGUCAUACACACACUCUUCGGUUUCCGCAUUUAUGAGAUUUACUGGGAUUGUACUCUGAUAUUUGAUGGGAUGUACGGUUUGGCUUUUGAGAACAUGGUUGCAAUGUGUUAUGGUGUGAACAAACAAUGUUUCUUUUUAUUUAGACAAUGUUUUUAUUUAUUAAUAUUUUCUAAAGUAAUAUCAAAAAAAAAAAAAAAAAAUUUGGGUCGUUACAGAAUCGGUGAGUCAAGGGAUGACUCGGUGAGUGGUGUGCGAGUGGACUCAGAGUUGUUGGACUCGGC